UGGCCGCUGUUCGGAGUCCGCUCUAACUUCACACUGUGCCAGUUGUACCAGCUGCAACAAUGUGCGCCCUUUCUCGCAGGAUAUAAGAAAUAUGUGAAUGUGGAUAUUUUAAUAUAACUUCAGGUCAUGUUGAGUUGGCCUUUAAUAAGCAGGACGCUAACAGAAAGCUAACAGCAGCAGGACACGGUUUGGAGUGGAGAAGAGAGGGAACAAAGCUCCAGUAUUCACACAGGCAGGAUGCUAUGAGAAUAAUAACUUUGUGUGAGUAGCCUUUUUAAAUGAAACGGGGACUAAUAGUAACCUCUCCUAUUUAGUUCAUCAAACGUCCGGCCAGUGAGAGUAAAGCAAUGUUAGACUGGAAGCGAUGAGUGUGAACUUCCAUGUUCCUGCACACACACAAGCAGAGAGUGUUGCCCUCUCAUACAAUGCGAGUAAAACAAAGAGUUGGUCCUGUUUGUGUUGAAGUGAGUGUUGUUUCGUGUAGUAAGUGUCUCUCACUGGAUUCACACACACACGCCUUCCUGCCGCUUGUUUACUUUCCACCGGAGCCAUGUGGCGCGCAGCCACAGCUCACUGUUAGACCGAUGGCUCUGCUUUAAUGCUCCUCGUUUAAAAAGCUCCGACUGGUUGCACACAGUUUCCCAGUGAUGAUGGAUGACUCCAAGCCCCGGCACAGCAAAAGACUGCGAGCGGGUACCCGGCGACGUUACCAUGACGAUGGUAUUUCAGAUGAGGAGAUUGACGGAAGGAGGAUGUUUGACUUGGAGGAGAAAGUCACCAGUCAGAGGUUCACCUCUGACAGGAUCAUGCGCAUGGAGGGAAAAGACUUGUCAUAUGAGUUCGUCCAGAGAUGUGGUCUUAGGGACCCAAUCAUCUUUGAGAAGCCUGAUGGACUGGGAAUCAUGAUGCCUGAUCCUGACUUCAGUGUCAAUGACGUCAAGCUGUUUGUCGGUAGCAGACGUAUGAUUGACGUGAUGGACGUGAGCACUCAGAAGGGGACCGAGAUGUCCAUGGCCCAGUGGGCACGUUACUAUGAGACCCCUCCGUGUCAGAGAGAGAAGAUCUAUAAUGUCAUCAGCCUGGAGUUCAGCCACACCAAGCUGGAGAACCUGGUCAAGAGACCGACCACAGUGGAUCUGAUUGACUGGGUGGACAAGAUGUGGCCUCGUCACCUGAAGGAGAGACAGAGGGAGUCCACGAACUCUAUCAAUGACAUGCAGUACCCCAAAGUACAAAAAUACUGUCUGAUGAGUGUGGAGGGCUGCUACACAGACUUUCACAUUGACUUUGGAGGGACUUCAGUGUGGUAUCACAUACUGAGAGGAAGCAAGGUGUUCUGGCUCUUCCCCCCCACCCCUCCGAACCUGGAGCUCUAUGAGAACUGGGUGCUGUCAGGGAAACAGGGAGACAUUUUUCUGGGUGACCGGGCGUCUGACUGCCAAAGGAUUGAGCUCACACAGGGCUGCACCUUCAUCAUACCCUCAGGUUGGGUUCAUGCUGUCUACACCCCUGUGGACUCUAUGGUGUUUGGAGGGAACUUCCUGCACAGCUUCAACAUCCCUACGCAACUUAACAUCUGUAACAUAGAGGACCGAACGCGGGUUCCAGGGAAGUUCCGUUACCCCUUCUUCUAUGAGAUGUGCUGGUAUGUGUUGGAGCGUUACGUGUUCAGCCUGACCAGGACCUCCUACCUCACACCAGAGUUUCAGAAACACUCGUUGGGCAUUGGUCUGAACAAGCCGCCAAUCCCAGAUCUGGCUGUUGAGCAGGUGAAGGAGGAAGAGGUGGUGGGAGGGGACAGUGAUGAAGAGCCUUCAGAGCAGCAGUCUGACAAACCUGCAGCCAAAAUGUAUCUGACUCCCUUUGAACUGGAGGGGCUCUGGAACCUGCUGGGUAAACUGGAGUCUCUGCCCUCCAACAAAAAGUGUGUCCCAGCUGGGAUACACAAUGCCCCUGCACUCAUUACACACAUUAAGGCACUUCUGAAAGAACAUGCCAAUGAUAAUUCCAAACUGUCCUACACAGGGAAACCCAUUGUCAAGUGGCCAAAGCGGCCAUCAUGGUACCAGCCGCCGCCUCCUCCUCCGACACCACCGCCUCGUCCUAAACUGGUCACCACACCCAUCAUCCCACGACCACAGAAACCAGCCUCUUCAAUGUCUGUGCUGAGACGACGUAGGGUCAGGUGUAAGCGCUGUGAGGCCUGUAUGAGACCAGAAUGUGGAGACUGUAACUUCUGCCGAGAUAUGAAGAAGUUUGGAGGACCAGGGAAACUCAAGCAGACCUGUGUGCUACGUCAGUGUCUUUCUCCGGGCCUCCCCCUGUCUGCAGUGUGUGAGAUCUGCAAGGAACCCAAUCAAGAGGAAAGUGGAGAUCCCUCUCUCAUCCUGAUGGAGUGUUCCAACUGUGCCCAGAUCGUCCAUCCUGCCUGUCUCUCGGUUCAGGGUGAAGGACUGGUGAACAAAGACCUGCCAAGUUGUUGGGAGUGCCCAAAGUGUGUCCAAGGAAUCACUGACCCAGAGUCAUCAGGCAGCGAUGAAUCGUUGGCUGCCAGCCACCAGCAGCACAUCCGCCCCCAUGGCCCCCUGGUCCUCCGGCUGGGCCCCGGGCCCUCUGCUACCAUAGGGGGUCCUGUGGGUUCUCAGCAGGAUGGGGAGGUGGUUCGCUGUGGCUUCUUCCCUUCUCCUCUUCCUUCCUGCUCUUCCUCCUCCUCAGCAUCACUUCUAUUGGUGGCGGCCCCUCUGCCUUCUCAGCCACUCAGCUCGAGACUGCAGUCUAAAGGUGACAGAGUUGAAGGCCAUUCAUUGAAGCGCAAAUCUUCCUCCCUCCUGGACGCUCGAAUGGCCAAGAUUUACCGAAGACAGAGACACAGCCAGGAUGGAGAUGACUCUGCCAGUGAUGACGACGAUGAAGCCUCUCAGAGGAGAAAAAUGAUGCUCCAUGCUCGAGGGGGGGGCCACUCUUCCAGGAGGGGGUUUGUCCCCAACAGGAGAGGUCUGCUGAGAGGAGGCUCAGCCCAAAAAGGAAACAGAGGCCUUGUGACUUCUGGCUCCUCCCUCCUCAAGCUAAAGCGAGGCAUGAACAUGAAGGAGAGUGGGCGGAGGGGACGAGGGGUGAGGCUGCGGGGGGGCUCCAGGAUGCAGCGAAGAGGAGAUGAUUCGGACGAGUCAGACGAUGACGACGACGAUGACGACGACGACGACGAUGAUGACGAUGAUGACGACGAUGAUGAUGAUGAUGAUGAAGAAGAGGACGAAGAGGAGGACAGUGAAGAUGGAGUGAAAGAACAACAACUUCGCAGACAUAGGAGGAGGCGCAGGACUGAAUACGAUGAAGAUGAGAAUGAGGACAGUGAGGGGCAGGAGUUUGACCCUGAGGAGGAGGAUAUGGACACGCUGGAAGAUGAUGAGGAAGAUGACGAUGGGGAUGAGGAUGGGCGCUGGGAUUCAGACCCAGAACCCCCGGUCCUCCUGGUGUCUGAUCUCAAUGAUGACCUGCUGAGUGGGUCCUACUUGACUGUCACCCUGCAGCGCCCCCACAAGGCCAAGAGACAAUCUGGCUCGAUAGUUCCGAAGCUUGAAGCGGCCAUGGGUCCGAGGUCGGCAGCGCUGGGGGCUGGAGGUCAGCAGGGCUUCAUCCAGAGGAAGACGGCUCUGUCCAAACCGUCCCGACUCAAGGGCACUGACACUACGGCUGACAGCGGAACACUAAAGGGACCUGGCAGGCAACGUCUGCGGGGUAACCAUGGCGACAGAGGGACUAGAGAUUGCUCAGCAUCGUCUUCAGAAGAUCAGGAAGUUGCUGCAUCCUCCUUCCAGUCUCCUCCGUCCCUGCUGUCCGUGCUGUCCUUUAAGGACGAGGGUAAUGAGAGAGGCGGGGAGAAGGAGGUUUGGGUGUCUGUGUUCAGAUACUUGACCAGAGCUGAGCUGCUGGCCUGCAUGACUGUGUGUAAGGCCUGGUACAAGUGGAGCUGUGACAAGCGUCUGUGGAGUCACUUGGAUGUGAGCCGCUGCAGCCCGCUCAGUAAUCAGGCCCUGGCGGGUAUCGUCAAACGCCAGCCCACCUCUCUUGACCUGUCCUGGACCCCCCUGGCCAAAAGACAGCUCAACUGUCUGCUCACCAGGCUCCCAGGUCUGAGGGAGUUGAGGGUGACCGGUCUGUCGUGGUCAUGUGUCUCAGCGUUGGUCUCUCCCACUCUGCCUUACCUGCGGCUGCUGGACCUGCGCUGGUGUGAAGGCCUUAAAGACGCCCAGAUUAAAGAGAUCAUCUUGCCACCCGAAUGCUCUCGCAGCAGACUACGGAACAUGGUGACGCUGCGUCUGUCGGGUCUGGACAUCAGUGACUCUACUCUGAGACUGCUGCAGCGCCACAUGCCUCAGCUGGAGAGGUUGGACCUGGCUCACUGCAAAGACAUCACAGACCCGUCCAUUGCUCUGCUGGCAGCAGCCGGGACACACACACGCAACAACCUCACUGAGCUCACACUGGCAGGCUGUAGCGAGUUGACAGACGGCUGUCUGUCCUACCUGAAGCGUCUCACCUCUCUGAAUCUGCUGGAUCUCAGAGGCUGUAAGAGUGUCAGCAGACGAGUGUGUGACGCCUUUAUCUCCGAUCUGUCUCACAUCGCCCUCUACUGUAUGAUGGAGGAGAAGCUCAUCCAGCGCCUGGACUAAAGCAAACACACGGACACAAGUUUCCACUGGAGUGGAGUGUAGAAAAAGUGCUUCUUCAAAUCAUUUUUUUAAUAUUCUCAGUUUUGAGUGUUUUGUUCUUCAGAAGGUGAAGACCACCAAAGCUGCUGUUUGCUGAAAGAAUCAUCGGACUUGACAUGAUAGAUAAUUAAGAACCAAAACUAAAUUGCUCCUAAAAUCAGGAUUUCCUGGAGCAGCCUAUAAACAACAUCUUUAGAGUUGUGUUUUUUACUGUUUACCCUUUGCGUCUAAUCUUUGUGCGAAGCUAGGCUCAAACUGAACCAAUCUUCUGAAAGGACAAAACUACAAACACCUAAUUUUUUUUGUUAUAUUCCUUUAGAACGUCUUGAAUCACUGAAAAUAUUUUUGUGACUCUUCUAAGGUCCACAUGCUCUAUCAUAUCUAGAAUGUACUGUACAACAGAGGGAGCGCUGCUUGUGUUGACUAUUUUUGGAAGAAAAACAAUAUUGGAAAAAAUAAAAGUGAAUCUAUUUUUGUUGACUGGAAUGAACCAAAGUGGCAGUUGUGGUACAUAACCUGUGUGUGUACAGUGAAGUCAUGUAUAUAUUAGGUUUAUUUGUUUCAGUAAUUUUGUGUACCAAUCAGGCAUUUGAUAUUGUACUUGUACAUUUUUUUUCUAACACUUUGUGAAAACAGAUUAAAAUGUCCAACAGUCCAA